AUGGCUCACAACUCGACCACACUCUACCAGACCAUCACCAAUACCCUUGGUAGAGCCAAUUCCCGCUCCAACUCGUCCUCAUCUUCUGCAUCCAACAUGAGCCAGUCCUCACAGCGUUCUCCACCUCCAAGCUCACACAAGAGGACCUCAUCUCAGCACAAGAGCUCCACUUCGCCCUUGACCACCUCGUCCCUCCCCCGCAAUCUCAUCUUUGACUAUGUUCGUCCCGAAGAGGUUCGAGCUGCACAUGCUCUCGAGGUUGAAGGCUAUCCCCCAGAAGACGCUGCCAGCUACGAGAAGCUUCUCUCUCGACAAACCGCUGCUCCUCACCUUUUCCUAGGCGCCUUUGUGCCCAUGCCACCACCAAAGGUCGCUGGUCCACUCUCCGUAUCCGGCCAGCCUCGCAGGAGAAUCGUCGGUUUCAUCACAGCCACCGCUGCUCCCGCUCUCACCCUCCGCUCCAUGUCGACGCACGACACCUCAGAAGACGCAUGUAUUGUCUGCAUUCACUCGGUCUGCGUCGCUCCUGAGAUGCAGAGGAAAGGUCUUGCCACGCGAAUGCUUGAAAACUACAUUUCCCGCAUUCGGAAAGCCGAAGAGGGUAAAGGUCCAGAAGGCGACAAGGGCAAGCGCGGAUACGAGACGCUCGCACUGCUUGCACACGAAGAGCUCACCGGCCUGUACAAGAAGGUCGGCUUCCGCAUCCAAUGCGUCAGCCACAUUCAGUACGGCAGCGGUCAGUGGCUCGAAAUGAGGCGCAGCGUCUAUCCGACUCCUGGCAGCAAUGGCCCCACUAGCCGUAUAAGCGGCUCGCAGUUGACAAGGACAACCUCAGCAACCUCUUCCUCUGCAAGUGACGACAUCGCCGCCAGUCGCAGGUUAACCUCGACAAUUGCUCCUUCCAAAGCACAAGAAUCGUCCACCGAUUCAACCCCAACAGUCCAAGACAAGAGACCACUCGCACCACCUGAAACCAAGUCGGCGACCUCCACGCCCACGCCCGCCGCGACAUCGCCUCCUGGCAUGCCAUCGCAAGCCUCGAUCAUGGCCGCCCUUGCUGCCCAGUCGCAGCCGGGCAAGAAUCCAGGUCAGACGUACACCUCGAUCCUCGGUCAAGCCGUCGCUGCCAAGACUCCCGCUGAAGACGCAGGCAUGGCGCUCGAAGCGCGUCUCGUCGAUCGCGAGAGCGGCACCAACUUGGCAAAGCUGUAUUGUCCCAUGGAGAACUGCCGAUGCUGCAUCCUUGCCAAAGGUGCUGGCGAAUUUACGCGAAAGGAGAGCGGACCUCUUUCAAGCCCGUCUUUGGAGCUGCCCAACUCGCCAUCGCCUCCUCAGGCGCCUGCGUUCCCCCUGCAUGCCGCGAGUGCAGGUGUCUCGCACCGUCUGCUCACCAGCGUCAAAGGAUUUUGGAUGGUCGCCGGUCCGUUGCAGUUUGACAAUGUCGGCUUUUCGCGCGAUCUCAAGUGGACGGUUCCGCUGAGUAACGACCCCACCUCGCCCAAAGCGGGCUCAAGCCCUGCCUCGGGCAGCAACUCGCUGAGCAACAGCGUCGAGCUUUUGGGGCAACGCAGCAAGGCACAGGAGAAGGAAGCCAAGGAGAAGCAGAAGAAGGAAGACAAGGAACGUCAGCGGGAGGAAAAAGAGAGACGCAAGAAGGAGAAGCGCGAUCGCAAGCGCACGGGUGGAAGUGGCUCCGACGACUCGGACGAGGAUGUCGCUUCACUGCUUGCGCAUCUCAGUCUCGGGUUGACGCCGGGGGAGGAGUUGACGGUCAAGUACCUGCUGUGUCCCGACUGCGAGUGUGGGCCGCUCGGGUUCACCAUCUUGCCGGCGGAGAUGCAGGGCGGGAGGUUGGCAGCUGAGGUCGGCGAUCAAGUGGAGAGGUUGAAGGGCGGGACACGGGAGGACAGUGCGCCCAAGAGGCCGCCGCAGGUGUUUUACUUGGCAGCUGAUAGGGUCAGGUAUCUGUUUGAACGGUCGUAG